AAAUAUUUGUUUAAGUAACAGAUUAAUUUUAGAUAGAAUGGAACAUCAAUCAAUUGAUUUUGAUUGAUGCUUUAUGUUUAAAAAAAUGAUGUAUUUAAGUCCGCUUAAGAGAAAGUAAUCGAUCAGCCAGAAGAAUCUGAUUCCUAUCUUAUCACAAAUCAACAUGAAGAUAGCAUUUGAUGAGUGUUCUGUGAUAAAAAUAGAUAUCAUUUUAUAAGCUUACAUCUUUUCGUAUGAAAUAAAGCAAGUCGUAUACAAACAAAGAAUACUUCACAAGAUAAAAUCCACAUACUGCCAUGAUAAUGUUAUAUUGUAUUGUAUUGUAUUGUAUUGUAUCGUAUCGUAUUGUAUUGAUCGUCUCCUCUGACUUAUCAAAAAUAGAUUAGAAUGCCGAACAAUGUUAUUCUACAAGCAUUGGGAAAUAGGCAUAUCAAGGAGAUGACAAUUGCGAUAUUUAUCAGUGGGAAAAAACAUCACUGAAACGAGAUAAUGAAAGCUGAAAACGAUCGAAAAUGUAUCGAACUGAACGCAGUGUUUAAUUGAAUGUUCGUAGAACACAACAGUAAUGUGGUUUCAACAAUUAAUUUUGAGUAUAUUAGUUUUAAGUAUAAAUAGUCUCGUCCGACAUCCAGAAGCUUAAACACUUAGAUGAAUCAUCCUGUCGUAUGUAUAUGAAAAAGUUGUUCAGAAUGAUGAUCUUGAUAACAUAUUUCAACGGUAUCGGAAUCGAUAAAGCGAUAUAGAUGUGAAUUCGUUUUCAAAUGAAAUUGAAUUAUGGACCAAGUUGGACUAUGAGGGAGAAUUGUUCAAUGAUAUGAUAAAAUCCUUGAAAAUUCCUACAGAACUUCAGAAUUCUGACUGGAGAUCUUUUUCAGCAAAUUCUGAUACUAAAAUAUGUACAAUAUGUAGAGGAAUUUUAAAAACAUUUUUCAAUUUACGACGUAAAGGAAUGUCAGAAGAAGAUAUAAAAGAUAAAAUAGUAAAAUUAUGUGUACUGCUCAAUAUUCAAACCGAAAGAGUGUGUAGAGGAGUUGUUGAACUGAACUUGCCUAUUGUUCUGUACAUAAUAGAUUCAAAACCAAAUUUAACAGCAAAUACAGUUUGUGGCGUCGUUCUAGAAUCAAAGUCAUGUCCUUUAAGCGAUCCUGAAUUUGAUUGGAAUAUUCAUGUUGAUAACAAUUCUAAUGCAAUAAUUACUGAUAAUGAAACACAAGAGCAAAUAAAAAUUUUACAAAUAACAGACCUACAUUAUGAUCCUCUUUAUGAACCAUAUGGCAAUUCAAUUUGUAGAGAACCAGUUUGUUGUCGAAAAGGACAAAACGAACCUAACAUGACUUCAUUUGCUGGCUUUUGGGGAGAUUAUAACUCCUGCGAUACCCCAUGGCAUGCAAUCACUGAUGCCUUAAAUCAUAUAAAAGAUACACAUCAGGAUAUAGAUUUUAUAUAUUUUACUGGUGAUAUUAUAGACCAUGGAGUAUGGGAAACUUCAAAGGAAGGAAAUGUACAAAGUCUUGUAAAAAUUUAUGAAUAUAUUCAUGAUACUUUUAAUGAUACUAUAAUAUAUCCAAUAUUUGGAAAUCAUGAAUCAAAUCCUUUAAAUCAGUUCGCACCAAAAAAUAUAACACAAGACAAUUUAUCUACAAGUUGGCUUUAUAAAUUAAUGGCAGACCUAUGGAUUGCAUAUGGAUGGUUACCAGAACAUACUCGUUCUACUAUACUUCAAGGAGGAUAUUACACUGUUGUCCCAAAAAGAGGAUUUAGAAUUAUAGCUUUAAAUAGCAAUGUGUGUUAUUCUUACAAUUGGUGGCUUUGGUAUAAUCCGCAAGAUCCUGAUAAUCAAUUACAUUGGCUUGCAACUAUUCUUUCUGAAGCAGAGAGGAAUGAUGAAUUUGUACAUGUUUUAUCCCAUAUACCCUCUAAUAGUAAUAGCUGUUUUAAAACAUGGAAACGAGAAUAUUUAAGAAUAGUUGAUAGAUUUUCCCAUAUAAUUAAAGCUGAAUUCAAUGGACAUACUCAUAAUGAUGAAAUAGCAAUAUUUUAUAAUUCUGGUAUGAAAGUAAAAAAUGUUGCCUGGAAUGGUGGUAGUAUAACAGCUUAUUCAAAAUUGAAUCCAAAUUAUAAAAUAUAUAUAGUAAAUUGCAGUAAUUAUGAAGUAGCUGAUUACCAAAAUUGGAUAUAUGAUCUCAGUUCUGCCAAUAAAAAUAUCCAUGUAAGACCAACCUGGUAUAAAUCAUAUUCUUUUAAAACAGAAUAUGACCUUCCAGAUUUAUCUGUUAAAUCCUUAAAUAAUUGGCUCUCUACAGCAGCAAAGAAUGAAACACUAUUAAAUAAGUAUUACAAGAACUUUUACAAACAAGCAGGACCUAAAUUGCAAGAAAGUUGUGAUAUGAACUGUAAGAAACAGUAUUUAUGUCGUAUAAUUGUUCAUUCAAAAACUGAACUAUGUGAUAAUAUUUUAAAGAAUUGAAAUUAAAAUUGAAAUAAAAAAUCAAAUUUUGCUAUA